AUGCGACGAGUCGUCGUGACUGGCCUCGGCGCCGUCACGCCGCUAGGAGUCGGCGCCCGACGCACGUGGAACCGCCUUCUCGCCGGCGACUGCGGCAUCACCAGCGUCGCCCGUCGCGAGCCCAAGGAGCGCUGGCAGGAGCUGACAAGCACCGUCGCCGGCAUUGUGCCGCUCGGCGGCAUCGCAAAGGGAGGCUGGGAUGCCAAUGACUGGCUCACCGCCGCCGAGCAGCGCCGCAUGUCGCUCUUCACUCAGUACGCCAUGGCCGCCGCUGACAUGGCGCUCAAAGACGCCGAAUGGGAGGCGGCUACUGAGUCGGAAAAGGAAGACACUGGUGUCUGCUUGGGAAGCGGAAUAGGAAAUCUGCACGAUAUAUACACGACAAGUCUGGAGCACCACAAGGGUGGAUAUAAAAAGGUGUCACCGCUCUUUGUGCCCAAGAUUCUCACAAACAUGGCAGCAGGCCACAUCGCCAUCAAGUAUGGCUUUCAAGGCCCCAACCACGCCGCCACCACAGCCUGCACCACCGGCGCGCACUCGAUUGGCGACGCGUCCCGAUUCAUUGCGCUCGGCGACGCCAACGUCAUGGUCGCCGGCGGCUCCGAGUCCUGCAUCCACCCCCUGACGUUUGCCGGCUUCGGGCGCGCCCGCUCCCUCGCCACGGCCUACAACGACCGGCCGGAAUCCAGCUGCCGCCCAUUCGACGCCGGCCGCGACGGCUUCGUCGUCGCCGAAGGCGCCGCCGUCUGCGUCCUGGAAGAGCUAUCCCACGCCAAGGCCCGCGGCGCCCGCAUCUACGCCGAGGUCAAGGGCUACGGCUGCAGCGGCGACGCGCAUCACAUGACGGCACCGCGCGAAGACGGCCAGGGCGCGUUUCUGGCCAUGAAGAGGGCGCUGCGCAACGCCCAGGUCAAGCCCGCGCAGGUGGGCUACAUCAACGCGCACGCUACGAGUACCGAGGUCGGCGACGUGGCUGAAACUAUGGCCAUACGACGAAUCAUGAUGGGGGAGGAGGGCGUAUCGUCCCAAGGACAAGUCACCGUUAGCAGCACAAAGGGCGCCAUGGGGCAUUUGCUAGGCGCGGCUGGCGCCAUCGAAGCCAUUUUUACGAUACUGGCAAUCCACGAAGGUAUUGUUCCGGGGACAUUGAACUUGGAAUCCCCCAAUGUUGGUGCAGACUUUGACUUUGUCCCACAGAGGGCCAAGGAUAAGGCUAUCAGUGUGGCCAUGAGUAACAGUUUCGGCUUUGGGGGCACCAAUAGCUCGCUGGUGUUUGGAAGAUGUUAG